AUGGAGGUUGCCAUAGUAAUGGUUCCUCUACCAGCACAAGGCCAUUUAAACCAACUCCUCCACCUCUCCCGCCUUAUCGCCGCCUGUAACCACCCGAUCCACUUCGCCAGCACCACCGCACACCUCCGUCAAGCGAAGACACGUGUGCAUGGGUGGGAUCCACUUUCCAUUUCCAACCUUAAUUUCCACGAACUAACAAUCCCAGACUACCAAACUCCACCACCAAAUCCAAAUUCCAACACCAAAUUCCCCUCCCAACUAAUGCCUUCUUUCCAUGCCACGUGUCAUCUACGUCACCCGGUAACUUCCCUUUUACGUGAACUAUCAAGAAACUACAAAAGGGUUAUCGUUAUUUACGAUUCUUUAAUUGCUUGGGUUCUUGAAGAUACUCCUUCUAUACAAAAUGUCGAAUGCUACAGCUUGCGUUGCAUUUCAACUGUUUCCAUUCGCCUCUGGCGCGACGAUUCAAUAACUCCAGAGUUUGCAGAAUAUGUAAAAAUCCAGAAGGAGUUUCGCGAAAAGAUCAAUCGUGGCGAUUUAUUCAAUUCUUGCUAUGAAGUCGAAGGAUUAUAUCUCGAUUCUUUAGCAAAAGAGAAGAACGCAGGUGUUAAACAAUGGGCUAUUGGUCCAUUAAAUCCGAUGAAAUU